UCACACUGCUCUAGGAAGGUGCGGCGCCUGAGGACGUUGUCAGUCCCUACGACGCCGCAGUUGGCCACGGUGGUGUCCCCUGCCCGUGCCUCCGUCAGCCACUCCUAGCAGGUCCUCCCAGCAUCGCCAGUCUCAUCUCUUACUGUUGGUGUGUCUGGAAAGCACGGCAAGUGUUAAGAAGGUAACAACACUAACAUAAUCAGGGCGAGUCGAGCCGGCGUGGACGUGAUGGAAGGCGUGCGGGCGGUCUGGGUGCUGCUGGCGCUGGUGGCGGGUGUGUUUGCCGCCCCACCCACGCCCACAGACACCAAACGUUCCGGCGAGGACAUUCAGUUCGGCAACCAGCAGAACCCCCCGGUGAGUCUCCUGGAUGACAACGCUAUGGCCGGAGCCUUCCCCUCCAGCGAGACCACCGAGGAGUUACCCACGCCUGUUGCACAAACACACAAACAGGAGGCCGUGGAGGUAGCCGUAGGAGUUGCAGCACAAGCAGUAGUGGAUGGUCUGAAGGAGGAACAAAAGCAACAACAGCAGCACCAACAACAAGAACAGGAGCAAAAAACACAGCAAGAAGAGCGACUAAAACAGGACAAAGAUGAGGCUGUGGAGCAAGAGGACAAAGACUCGAAGGAGGAGGAGGAGGAGGUCAAGAGGCAACAGCAGCAGCAACAACAGGAGACACAAAUAGCAGACGUGGAGGCAGCGGGAGAGGAACAGCAGAGGUGGGAUGACGAAACAAAUCUGUGGCACAACCAACCAGCUGCACACGACUUCUACCGCUCGUAUCUGAAUGUACCUCGCAUCAUUGGUAACGGUAUUCCCUCACUUGCCUCCCGCCGCCGCCGCUCUCUCCACCUUCCUCCACUCCGCUCACACCCAAUCAAGGGAGGCACCCUGGCCGGCGUGAGGACCUUGCUGGGACGCGGGCAGCAGCAGCGACGCAAGAGGGACCUCAGACGGUUCCGCAGAGACCUCAAUAUGAACGGCAUGGACCUCGACCGUCUCCUGAAGAACGUGGAUAUGAAGGAGCUACUGUCCCUGCUGUCCCGACCCCAGCACCACCAGGAGGGUUACGGCACGGUGCACUACGCCCCUGCUCCAGCUAGAUACGCCCCACAGCCCAAGCUUUUCCCUGACUACGAGGAGGAAUGGGGGGAAGAUGCCGAGGAGUUGUUGCGCCACGGCCUGAGAGCAGAGCAGCCAGCCGAGGGAGUGUCCCCGGUGGCAGUGGUGAUGCCUCCUGGUCGUGUGUGGCGCAAGUCCAGUCCACCUGGCUACGGGCUGGCCAGAGUACCAGGUUUCAAGCGCUCCUCGGCCUUCAGAUCCAACACACUCCAGGACCCCCCGCCCCAGGCCACGCGACCCUUCCCAGCCCUCACCCCCCGUGACGUGUACUCUCUGGCAGCCAUGCUUGGGGCUGAAAGAGACCCACUAGGUCGCCGCAUCCGCCGGGCCGCCAUGUAAGGGCCUCCACACACACUACCGGACAACAACCCAGCCAAAGGUCUAAAGUUCUCCCUGGCCACGCCGUUCAAAGGAGGAAAGUCUGUGUUCCACGUUCGAUUGAGAGCUAUUGUUGUUUAAGUGUCUUUUCCCGUCCUUCUCUUUACCCUUCUCAUCUUUCACCGAUUUGAGAACAUGUAAAACACCAGAAUAAUAUCCUCAAAACACACACACACAUACAUACACACACACACACACACACACACACACACACACACACACACACACACACACACACACACACACACAUGAAAGGAGCUUACCUAUACAUACACUACUGUGUUUCACCUUGGACAUUUAAUCGUUGCAUGCCCGUGUAUACUGCAAGGGUGUAUCAUUCUGCUAGGUGUCACAUUACAUCGUAUACAUGUAUGCACCUGAAGUGUUGUAUAGUACGUCUCUGGUGACUCUUCAUCUGUGCAGGGACACCAGCCUGUGUUAUCAUGAUUAGGUCUUUUCACUCCCUGACCUGCACAGUGCACGUGGCUGUCUGCCUUACAGAAACACCCGGCACGACAAACGUCAUCCUGUGAACUGUUCCAAUCGAAAGAGAUCAUUGAAGACCAGGAACACUACAAACAAUGGUUACUAUACAACAAUUACCAUUUUCAGCCACACAAACAAUGGCAGGGUAACUUUCAUGUCAGGGGUGUACGGGUGACCUCAAAUGUUGUCAAGCCAAACUCAGCCCUCAAGUUAGUAAAAAGAUUGACCUAACUUUUACCAAUAAAAUAUAUAUAUAUAUAUAUAUAUAUAUAUAUAUAUAUAUAUAUAUAUAUAUAUAUAUAUAUAUAUAUAUUCAAACGCUGCAAAACGCAUUUCUCGUGUCUUAGAUGCUUGUGAUGUCUGUAUCUAAGAAGGCUUUGCGUCGCCUUACCCGAGGCACCGGGACACAGCCACAGACCCUCCUCGGCUAGAGCAGAUUGCGGGUGUGAUUAAAGGCACUUGUUAAGAUUUAACAGUGACCAGAUCAAGAAAGCUUCUGAAGUUCAUUGCCGCUACAUCUACAUAACCUGACCUUAACCACCUUGACCUAACAUAACAGGUGACUUCGGUAAGAGACACUUCCCAAAUAACACCAAUAGAAUUUCCCACUGCCGCUGCCGUGUCUCGUGUACGCACACACCUGACACAGACACUGACACUGACUCUGGGGGCUUUAAGUUGGUCUGCAUUGACUGACAGACAUCACCUAUCACAACACUCGGAACGGACGACCUUCGCGGUGAUGUAGAGGAGACUAUUUGCCGCAAUUAUACCGAUUACAUUACAGUAAGACUUAUUUAACUUUACCAAACUAAUCUAAUUUUAAAGACUCAUUCCUUGCCUCUAACUAGCUUUCGAAGUGCUACACAUGCUGCACUCACUCAGGAUAACUUCUACAACGAGUUUAUGAAGCGACAUUGAAACACCGACGAACAGCAGGAUAGGAAGGAAGCAAGCCGCACCUCCACCACCCACUCACUCACUCCACAGCACACCACCAGUCCACCACUCACUCACUCGCCACUCCUCCUCCCUGACAGUACAAUGCUGAACACUUACCAUUUCAUCCUGUGUCCCUUUCUGCGUCGUCUGCCUCAGGGUUUAGUGUAUUCGUGCAGCCUAGAGAAACUUAACGCGUCACUCGGGGCUCGUUCACCACCAGAAGAGAGGAACAACAUUACAACAUGGCUGGUUGGCUGUUCAAGACUCUCAGAUCGGUUUCGGCUCGAUUUUCCAAUAUUGCUACUUUUCCACAGCAGAGUUAGAUACUGAAUCGUCUUAUCUAUUGAUCUUAAUCAUAUGUUCUAUUUAUUGGUCUAGUCAAAUUACAUAUAAGUAUUUCUCGUAGCCGAACUUGAAAACUGUGAUUUUCUAGAAAGAUGAUAAUGCUGAGGACAUGAAAGCGAAGUUAGGAAAGCACUGUAGUCGUGAUUAACUCUACAACUCAGCCUUUAAUAAAGAAAUAUCCUCAAGCCGUUCAGAAAAGCCUCUUGUUAUGUAUAAACUACAAUAGUCUAGUGGCCAGGGAGAAUUUUAGCGUGGAGCAAACAUAAUAUUCAGUGUGUGCCGCCAUCGGAGAAAACGUAGGCGCCAGUCAGUGUUGUGUUCAUCUACUGUAUAGUGGCCAGUGUUGCUCCCUGAGGCACGGCAAGGAGGAGGAAGAAGGGAGAAGGGACAGCGGUGAGGGAGCAGAGACGUGAUACUCCCACCACCUUCCUUCCUUCUAGCCUGGCCUGCGUCACGGAGUCACUCUUAACCCCAUGCAUAACUUGUAACAUGUAGUCCAAUACUGAGCUACUGUCCUAUGUGUCUUGACUCACAGCGGUGGUCAGAGAGAGAGAGAGAGAGAGAGAGAGAGAGAGAGAGAUAAGAGGAGAGGUAAUGACGGAAGCACAAUACUUACUGAUGCAUGUCUAAUAAGCGAAAACCGUGAUGGUAGUGUGUAUUAUAACAGUCCCUGAAGACUGCGAUGUUAUUCCUUCACAAACAUAAGGUAAACACACACACACGUCAGAUUUGAUCAUUAUCAUCUAUAUAGAAAAAAAUAUAUAUAUAUUGUCUAUUUCUCAAGUAUUGGAAUAUGUGAAAAAAAAGUAUUAUAUAUUCUUCUGAGAUUGGUUAUAGAUGUAUUUAUUUUAUUGUUGUGGUGUAAAACAUAUAUAUAUGAAAUAAACGUCAUUAGAUUUUU